AUCCAGAGACUUCGGAGAAGAUUUAUCAGAGUCAUCAAACUUCGAAGCUUCGUCUCUGCGGAUCUUUCCUCGUCAGAUUCAGAACUGCCGCUUCAUCCUGGAGGUCGAUUCUGCCGGUAUCGGAAAAAUUUUCCCGGAAGUUACAGGUUAGCUUAAUCUGUUGGUUCUAAAUGUCUUCGGCUCAAGAUCCCUUCUAUAUUGUGAAAGAGGAGAUCCAAGAAUCCAUUGAUAAAUUACAAUCUAAUUUUCACAAAUGGGAGCGUAUUCCGCCUGACACGGGGGAGCAAGUGCAUCUGACGAAGGAGCUUCUUGCUGGUUGUGAGAGCAUCGAGUGGCAGGUGGAUGAACUGGACAAAGCAAUCACUGUGGCAGCCAGAGAUCCUGCAUGGUAUGGCAUCAAUGAGACUGAGCUGGAAAAACGUAGGAGAUGGACUAGCAAUGCUCGUACACAGGUUGGAAAUGUGAAGAAAUCCGUUUUAGCUGGAAAGAGUAUUUCCGGAGCUGCUGGAGCAAGUGAAGUGCGCCGGGAGCUGAUGAGAAUGCCAAAUUCAACCGAGACAGAUAGAUAUGAUCAGUAUGGGUCACAAAAUGAUAACGACUUUGCACAAUCGGAAUCAGACAGACAACUGCUGCUGAUCAAGCAACAAGACGAGGAACUGGACGAGCUGAGUAAAAGCGUACAGAGGAUUGGAGGAGUAGGCCUCACUAUACACGAUGAACUCGUUGCACAGGAGAGAAUAAUAGAUGAAUUGGGCACGGAAAUGGACAGUACAAAGAACCGCCUCGAUUUUGUUCAGAAAAAAGUGGGGAUGGUAAUGAAGAAAGCAGGAGCGAAGGGACAGAUAAUGAUGAUAUGUUUCCUGGUGGUGCUGUUCAUCAUCCUAUUCGUUCUCGUCUUCCUUAACUAACAAUCUCUUUUUUUUCGUAAGUUGAACGAA